AUGAAUUUCGAAGACCGGCUCAGAACUGCCAAAUUUAAUCUUCAUCUCUAUCCUUUAUGUCAAGGAGUACCCCUAGUUCUCCACGCUCUUCCCUACGAUUUAUUUUUGGCCGCAGUCAAUGCCGGCAUCACCCACGAUACCGACAUUGACCAAUGCUGCAACACAGUGGCCCAACUUGUCAUUGAUCAGGAAGAACAAACCAUUGCUAGAGACUUCUUUCUUCGUUUCCAAAAAGCUGACGAGGACGACGAAAAGUACGCCAAGAACCUUCAACUUCUGACUGAACGCACUUUCUGUGGCUGUCCUCCAAACAAGGUCUCUAACUGGGUAACGGUCCAGUUUAGACAUAAAGUUCGACCUCCAGCUUUGUCUGAGAAGCUCUGCGACGCAAAGACUAACUCGCUCGGUCAAUUGGUCAAACUCGCAACCACCAAUGUGGGACGAGGAACCACCGUCCCCGGUGCUACCAGUUGUGAGCUCCCCUCGAAAUUCCCAAACGGUUGUCCCCCGUCUUUGGUCAGGGCAUAA